ACACAGCUGUGUUUUGGACAAAGUUGUAAAGAUGGAAUAUUUUGAAAGAAGGCAACUUAAAUUAUCCGAUUUUGACAUAAUUUGCCGCUUUUGUAUGCAAGUCGAUUUGUUCCUAAAGCCCCUGUUUUCCGAAGACGAUGAUGGUGAAUCAGAUGAUUUUGCUUCAGAGGAUGGUUCGAGUGAAACCGUAACUGAAAUGGUGGCUCGUUGCACUCAACUUGAGAUUAGGCCGGACGAUAAUCUACCAAAGUUCAUGUGCAAUUUUUGCCUGGAAGAACUCUUGCGAUGUAAUAAGUUUCGACGAAAGUGCCUUUUAUCUGAUGAAACUUUAAAAUACAUUCUGGAGACGCAAAAUCCUGAAGAUGAGUCUGCGGAAACAAACUCUGGUGGUGAAGAUAGGAUUUCAUCCCUAGAUAAUAUAUAUGAUGUGGACAAGAUUUAUAACUUGAAAGACGAUGAACUGACACAAAUAAACCAGCGUUCGGAGGAAUUAUUCAACUGGAGUUCCAGGUUGUCUAGCCAGCCGGAUGAGAAAAGUGACUCCCCAAAUCUUAAUGGCAAUUUUAGCUCUGAUGGGCUGCGUACUUCGGCAGCGAUUAAUUGCCAAAGCCAGACAGCGAGAAGAAAGUCUGAAUGCGUUUUCUGCAAGAAAACGUUCACUGGACCAAAUAGCUUACGGCGGCAUAUUGCAAGACAUAAAGGGAGAAGAAAAUCGCGAAAGAGGAAUACGACGAGAAUCAUAAAUACUCCGACUAAAAGUGUUAAUCAAGAGCAAGGACCUUCGAGUAGUGACAAGGCAGUUCAGCGAUUAUACAAUCCGAUUAAACAGUAUCGGUGCAGCCAAUGUAGUAAGCGAUUCAGAACAUUCAAAUGUCUAGCGAACCACGAAAGAGUUCAUGUUAGAGAAAAUCAACCGCUAAAAUGUUGGUUAUGUGAUAGCAUAUUUUUACUGCCGGCGGUGUAUAGAAGCCAUAUGAAAUCCCAUAAACUCAGUGGGAUGAAAUUUCGUUUGAAAAAUUCACUGAAAAUAAGUUAGCAUUAAGUAUUAACUAGGAAAGUAAUAAAAAUAUUUAUUUUCA